AUGCAGUUCCCAAUACAAAGCCCAACGGCUGUUGGGGGAGUGUUCCGAUGGCUGCUCGUUGUGUUUCUAUUCCUGCAAUACUCCCGCUCCUUUACGCCGAUCGAUGCCAAAUCGCAGACGUCGAAGCAGUUGCGCGUUUGUAUCGUGGAAGGCAGUGGCAACUACAAGAAGGGCGCCCAGAACUGCCCGACGCUAGAGAGAAACUCCAACGUGCGCUGCGUGUUCGGGCUGGACCGGCUGGACUGCCUACGCAAGAUACAUAAGGGCACCGCCGACUUUGCCGCCUUCUCCCCGGAGGACUUCCUCGCGGCCCGCUGGUCCGGCGUGGACAUACUGGUUACCAGCGAGCUUCGCUUCCACAAUGAGCACUUCGAGUACCAAAUAGUGGUGGUGGUGGACAAUGAAGCCGAGAUCAACACGGCCCGGGAACUUCGGGGGAGCAAAUUCUGCCAUCCGGGGCACGGUCUCAAGAACCAUUGGACGGAAGUGUUGGCUGAUUACUUCGAAACGAGGCUUACUCCGCGGGAGUGCGAGGAAGAACUUUCACCGGUCGAAUCGAGGAUUAAAUCCGUCGCCUCCUUCUUUGGCCCAUCCUGUCGCGCCGGACCAUGGGUACCGGAUCCGACCGAGGAUCGUCGUCUAAAGAAAAAAUAUCCGUCCCUGUGCCAGCUCUGCUACAAUUCUUACCAGUGUGCCAUCGGUGACAAACACUGGGGCCGCCGGGGGCCACUGUACUGUUUGACGAGUGGUGCCGGCGAGGUCGCCUGGGCCCGGUUGGACGAUGUGCAGGGUCACUUUGGGUUCGCGGGACUGCAGGCCGAAGCCAAUCCGUCCGAGUACAGUUUCCUGUGCCCCGACGGGCACCUGCAGCCACUCGACACCAGGAAACCGUGCGUCUGGGUCGCCAAACCGUGGCCUGCCAUCGCCGCCAAGUCAAAUGUUGCCAAGGAGGUGCAGGACCUGGUGGCGCAUUUAACGCAUGACGACGUCAAUAGUUGGCAGAACGCGCUGCUGAUGGUUCUGGAGACCUAUCACGUGAAUGUGACGACACUCGAUACCGUCAUCCCGGUGGACGACUAUCUGGAUCAGGCGGUUGGGUUCCAGCAGGCGUACAGCAACCCUGGCUGCAAUCCCCCGAGAUCGAUCGUGUUCUGCACCAAAUCGCUGCUGGAGUUGUCCAAGUGCUCCUGGUUGCAGGAGGCGGCCAGCGUGUACGGUGUAGAGCCGGGUCUGCAGUGCAUCCGGACGGAGAGCUUGGACCAGUGCUUGGCUAAGGUGCACUCGAAGGACGCGGACGUGGUGAUCGUCGAUCAGGACAAUGCCAUGCGUGCCCAACGGGACUACGGACUGCGGCCGAUACUGUACGAGUAUUCGUCGAACGCGUUACACAAGUAUCUGAUAGUGGCCGUCGUCGCCCGUAGCGCGAGUCUACGAUCAGGCUACGAUCUCCGCAACCGGAAGGCAUGCUUCCCGCAGUACGAGGGUGCGGCCCACUUGGCCGUGGUGGCAGCACUUCGGAACCACUCGAUUGGAGACGUACAAAACUUCUUCUCGGACAACUCGUGCAACUGGAAGUCAACGAGUCGCUGUUCUGCAGUGUACGACGGGGACGAUGGUGCCAUGCGGUGCCUCCAGGAUGGCGCAGGAGACGUAGCAUUCGUGAGUUACGAAACGUUCAAGGCACUCAAGAGCUCUAACACCACCAAACAUCAAGACUGGACCGUCUUCUGUCCGUUUAACAAGCCGAUCAAACACAACGCACUUUGCUAUCUCGGCUGGACGUCGGUGGGCAGCGUAAUGAUCAACAAUGGUACGAUCUCGCGUCGCGAGAAGGAAAUCUACAACGCCAUGAAGGACAUCGAUAAGCUGUUCGGGCGCAAGAACGGACUGAAGGCGGAGGCGUUCAACGUGUACGGCACAUUCGACAGUCGGAGCGACGUGCUGUUCAAGGACUCCACCGAGAGUCUUCGAAGUCGAACGGAAAUGCUUCGUGACAAGAACGAUGGUUUCUUCGAGCCGACACCGGCGGAUCGAUUGCACACCAGCGCGGCCUGCACAGUGCAUGUCAACCGAAUUCUAAUACUGUUAGGAAUAUUCGCGAUGGUCCUAGCGACGUUUCGCGAAAGUUAAAGUCAGGAUUAAGGAGUCCUAUGGAUGAAUGAAUUGCUCAUUAAUUAGUCGCUAAAUAGGAGAACAACAAAUCGCAUCGCCAGUGUCACAUCCAUCGUUGGACAUUAGCCCCACUCCCCCAAAAAUCGUGCACUUUCCUACAAAGCAUUGAGAUUUCUAUCGUCAUUAAGAUCCCAGAGUACCGUAGCUUAAGUAGAUAACAAUUCGAUUGCCCCAUCCAAUCGCCCGUUACUCACUGCGAAUUGUUUUUCCGGUAGGAUGAAAAAAGCGAUGUUUUAAGGCGUUCCUUUCCUGCCUUCUGUUUCGACAAAGUUCCUGAGGUGCCGUCUCAAACUGCGCAUAGAAUACUCCUCACUUCGUGGGCCGCCUGCAGUUGAACUGUACUCUCAUCAUUAGUUGAAUUUCGACUUUCGU